AUGACUUCCUCUGGGAUGAACAUGAAGAGCAGGAUCAUCUUCUACGAGGACAGGAACUUCCAGGGUCGUUCCUAUGAGUGCAUGAGCGACUGCCCCGACAUGUCCUCCUACCUGAGCAGGUGCCACUCCUGCAGGGUGGAGAGAGGCUGUUUCAUGGUGUACGACCGCACCAACUACAUGGGCAACCAGUUCUUCAUGAGGAGGGGCGAGUACGCCGACUACACAAGCAUGAUGGGCAUGAGCGACUGCAUCAGAUCCUGCCGCAUGAUCCCCAUACACAGGGGAUCCUACAGGAUGAAGAUCUACGAGAGGGAGAACUUCGCCGGUCAGAUGUCUGAGCUGAUGGACGAUUGUGAGAACAUCAUGGAGCGUUACCGUAUGUCCAACUGCAUGUCCUGCAACGUGAUGGAGGGCCACUGGCUGAUGUACGAGCAGCCCAACUACAGAGGCAGGAUGAUGUACAUGAGGCCCGGCGAGUACAGGAACUUCAUGAACAUGAACAUGGGCAGCAGCGGCAUGAGGUUCAUGAGCAUGAGGCGCAUCACCGACUCCUGCUAUUAG